AUGUGCUUGGUGCUCAGUUACGAGUGGAAGAGGGUAUGUUCUUAUGGGGUAACAGCAAGGCGGUAGCCUUUGCCGGGGAAUGGAGACGGAGAGCGUAAAGUCGGGGGCUAGCGAGCAUAGCCAUAGCCAUCAUAGCAGAACUUCUCAAAAACAUCAUCGUACUCAUAGUUCCAAAUCUCACCAUAGACAACAUUCACACAGGAGUACUAGGACAAAUCGUAGUCAAAAGAAAGAAAGACACAAUUUAGAUUCUACAGAAAUGGCACCUUUUCAAACAACUGUUAAUGUAAGAGGAGAUAGUGUUGACAAUCUGGGUCAAGAAGUUAUAGAAGUACAAAUUUUACCUCAAGAUGAGAAUUGGGGUGAAAAUACUACAGCUGUCACUGGAAAUACUUCUGAUAGAUCAGAAUCAACUGAAGAUGUGAGCCAUUGGGCAAAUGAGAAUGAUGGAUCAUUUAGUUCCUGUAAUCGGUUCAUGGGACCGGUUAUAGCAAUGAUACUUGGAUUAAGUGCUUUUCUUAGUCCUAUAACAAUGGUUAUAUUGCCUAAGCUAGGAUUUUUUCCUGAUUCUACAACUGUUCUAACUAUGCAACAAAAGCUUCAAUUAUUAUCUUGUAAUGCUGAAUGUAAAGGCCAAUUACUAGGUUUAGCCUUUAAAUUGGUGCUAUUAGGUAUUGGGAGUUGGGCUGUGUUUUUACGAUCAAGAAAUGCUACUAUGCCACGUAUAUUUUUAUUCAGAGCAGGAGUGUUACUUCUUACUACAUUAUGCAUUUGUACUUAUUGGUUAUUUUAUGUUGUUCAGGUUACUGAGAGUGCUAAGACUGCAGCUAAUGGUGAAAUAACAGAAUAUAAAAAUCUAGUAAAUUAUGCAGGUACUCUUGCAGAUACUCUAUUAUUCAUACAUUAUAUUGCCAUAUUGCUAAUUGAAAUUCGCCAUCAACAGCCUAUUUUUUAUCUUAAAGUUGUAAGAUCACCAGAUGGUGAAUCGCGAUCUUAUGCAAUAGGACAGUUGUCAAUACAACGAGCAGCAGUAUGGGUAUUAGAAAGAUAUUAUACAGAAUUUCCUAUUUACAAUCCAUACUUAGAAAGACUGCCAGUAUCAAAAUCUGGUAGAAAACAAUCAAGCUUCAAGUUUUACGAAGUUGAUGGUGGAGUAUCUGGUAGUGUUCAGUCACGAGGAGGUAGUGGUGAUAGAGCAGUCAUAACCACUCAAACUCGUCGUAGAGAUUCCAGUCACAAUGAACGUUUUUAUGAGGAACAUGAUUAUGAGCGUAGAGUACGGAAACGUAGAGCGAGAUUAAUCACUGCCGCUGAAGAAGCAUUUGCACAUAUAAAACGCUUGCAUUCAGAAGUUGAUUCAACUCCAAAUCCUGGUCCUAUGGAUCCAAUGGAAGCUGCGCAAGCAGUAUUUCCAUCUAUGGCAAGAGCUUUACAGAAAUAUUUAAGAGUUACACGGCAACAACCACGUCAUUCUGUUGAAUCUAUUUUAAAUCGACUUGCACGAUGUUUGGCUCAAGAUGCAGCACCACGUGCAUUUUUGGAACCUUUUUUUGUAACCAGUCCUGUUCUUUCAAAUGAAAAAGAACGACAAAAAAGAUCGCAUCAUUGGGCUUUAGUUUGCGAGGGAGAAUUGCCAUCACGACCUCUCGCGAAUGGUUGCGAAUUUCAAUUGCGACAAGGUGAAGUAGCUCUGUUAUGUACAGUAUAUCAUUUACCUCAUUUUCAUCUUACAGAACAGCUCGCACAUCCUAAAUCUAAUAAAUUCUUAUUAAGAUUGAAUUCCGAAACAUCGGUUUAAUAACAGUAUAAAAAUCAAUAGCUUUUUUUUCAUUUUAAGAUAAUUUAAAAAUAUCAAUAUUUUUAAUUCAAACAAAAACUAUUGAUACUGCGAAAUUUUCUGCUGUACAUAAGUAAAAACAGAUUAUAGUAAUGCAUAUUUAAGUAUUGGGAAUUAAAAACAACUAUAGAUAUUGGAAUUAAAAACUAGAUAUUGAAAUUGAUAUAAAGCCUGGAAGAAAAUAGUAUACUUAAGAGUAAUAGUUUUUUUAAUAUAUAUUUUUAAGGAAUAGAAGUCUUGGAAAUGAUAAAAUAGUUUUUUAUGCAGAAUCACAGGAAGUGUUCAUCUCAGUAAUGUUCACAUAUCUUUUUUAGUGCAAGUAGUAAAAUAAAAGAACAAUAUAACUUUCUCAUUUAUAAUUGUAGAUAAGAGAUAUUCAAACUUUCAUGAUGUGAAUGCAUCUAUAUUUAUUGAUUUCAUUAUUUUACAUAUUAUUACCUAUAUAUUAAUAAAAUUAACUUACUAUAUUUCUGGAUAGUUAUAUGUAAAAAAUUAAAACUUUCAGUUAUUCUGCAGUAAAUAUAUAAAUAAAUAGAAAAGUCAAUUUUAAGUAUGAAUUCUCCUGAGUAAAUUUCCUUUUUAAAAGAAUUUUGCAAAAUUAUUUUAACAUAGUAAUGUUAUAAAAUCAUUACAAUUCGUACAAAUUAUAAAUUUUUAUAUAAUAAAAAUUUUUAUUUAUUGAUAUUUACUAUAGCAACUUUUACAAUAGAUAA